CACUUGAGUUCUCUCCCUUUGGCAUUGGAGAUUGGAACCUCAACAAAGACCAAUGGCUCUGAAUCUGUGUAUAUCCCCUCAGUGUAAAUGGGUUGCCUCUCCCUCCUUAGAUAGUGCUUCUUCUUUGAUGCCAUCACGAGGGUCUGCUUUUGUCUCAAAGAGUGGCAACAUAAACAUUGCUAGUGUGAGUUUGAGUAGUACUACUAGAAGUUUGAGUUUUAGGAGGAGUGGAAGUUUUAGUGUAAGAUCCAGCUUGGAGACUGCGGGGCCCACAGUCACAGUGGGACAGGUCACUGAGGUAAACAAGGACACCUUCUGGCCGAUCGUUAAGGCUGCCGGGGAAAAAACCGUUGUCCUAGACAUGUACACUCAAUGGUGUGGCCCUUGCAAAGUGAUGGCUCCUAAGUUUCAAGAAUUGUCUGAGAAGUAUUUGGAUGUUGUGUUUCUAAAGCUUGAUUGCAACCAAGACAACAAGCCCUUGGCAAAAGAGUUGGGAAUUAAAGUGGUUCCCACUUUUAAAAUUCUGAAGGACAACAAGGUUGUGAAAGAAGUUACUGGAGCUAAAUACGAUGAUUUGGUGGUUGCCAUAGACAAUGUUCGAUCUAGCUAAGAAUAUAUAUAAUUAUUGGCUUUGUGUAAAAAUAAUAUGCUUGACACCCUUUGUAAGUAUUUUAUGCAAUGUAAUCUGAUGAUGUUUGGAAGAUGAAGAUAUUUCAUCGUGUGAUUGGUUAACUCCUAAGCUCAAGGAAGAGUCCUUAAUUAUUUUUUGA